AUGUGUACACAUCGAGCGGCUAGACGAGAAACUUUAGAAAAUUUGCUUACUUCAUUACAAAAAGAAUUAAAUUUAAAUCCUUCUCAACCAUUAUUUAAAUUAACAUAUACAUCUUCUUCAAAUUGGCCUUAUUAUUUAACAGAAUCUCAACCAAGAAAUUCACCUUUAAAAAUCGCAAUUUUAGAUUCAUCAUUUAAUCCACCUACAAAAGCACAUAUGCAAUUAUUAAUAGAAUCCGUAACAAAUGAUUCUAAUACAAAAUCAAAUAAUAAUUCAAUAAUUUUUGAUGCCUGUUUAUUACUUUAUGCGAUAAAAAAUGCCGAUAAAACACCAUCAUCAUCUGAUGCUGGACCAGUGGAUAGAAUAUUAAUGAUGGAAUCUUUGGCAUCACAAAUUCAUUCUAUCAAAACUGAACAAAAUUUUAAUUCUCUUCAAAAUAUUGCUACUGGUGUGAUAACUCAUCCAUUAUUUAUGGAUAAAGCGAAAGCUAUACAUUCUUAUUUUAAUAAUAAUAAAUCAACAUCUCGUUUUAUUGAUUCUUCUUCUAUUGUUAUUAAUUAUUCAUCUCAAAUUUCUCUUUAUUUUAUUUUAGGUUUUGAUACUGUAAUACGUUUAUUUAAUCCUCAAUAUUAUUCAAAUAUUUAUAAAGAACUUGAUUCAUUCUUUAAAAUUAGUAAUAUUAUUUGUGCUAAUAGAGAUGGCUAUGGUGGACGAGAAUCUGAAGAAAAAUUUUUUCAAGGUGAUAUUUUAAAGGAAAUUAUUGGUGAAAGUGAAAAAAUUAUAAGAGUAAAAUUAGAUGAUGAUUUAGCAAAAAUUUCGUCUACUAAUGUUAGAAAUGCUAUAAAUAAUAUAGAACAAGAAAAUGAUGGUGAUGAUUAUGAUAAACGAGAAGAAAUGAUUAAAAAUAUUUUAUACGAUUUUUGUCCUGAGUCAGUUGCUGAAUUUGUUUUUCAAGAAAAAUUGUAUAGGAAUACGCGUUAA